UCUCCACUCAGAAGAAAUUCUGUGGCCCUUUUCUUUGCUGACAAAAAAUGGAACACAAGAGACUGUGCAGCUAACAAAAUUAUAGUUUCCUUACAAAUGAGAGACAUUCAAGGCCACAUAGUUUCCAACUGGAGAAAAAUAACCAACAGCUUCUCCACAGUAUAGACUGAAACCAGGGAAACAUGAACCUCACUAACUGUACCACAGAAGCCAGCAUGGCUGUGAGACCCAAGACUGUCACUGAGAAGAUGCUCAUUUGCAUGACUCUGGUGAUCAUCACCACGUUGACCAUGCUGCUGAACUCAGCUGUGAUCAUAGCCAUCUGCACCACCAAGAAGCUCCACCAGCCUGCAAACUACCUGAUCUGCUCUCUGGCUGUGACAGACCUCCUGGUGGCUGUACUCGUCAUGCCCCUGAGCAUCAUGUACAUUGUCAUGGACCGCUGGAAGCUUGGAUACUUCAUCUGUGAGGUGUGGCUGAGCGUGGACAUGACCUGUUGCACUUGCUCCAUCCUCCACCUCUGUGUGAUUGCCCUGGACAGAUACUGGGCCAUCACCAAUGCUAUUGAGUAUGCCAGGAAGAGGACGGCCAAGAGGGCGGGGCUGAUGAUCCUCACCGUCUGGACCAUCUCCAUUUUCAUCUCCAUGCCCCCUCUGUUCUGGAGGAGCCACCGGCAACUCAGCCCACCUCUCAGUCAGUGCGCCAUCCAACAUGACCAUGUCAUCUACACCAUAUACUCCACACUCGGGGCAUUUUAUAUCCCCUUGACUUUGAUCCUGAUUCUCUAUUACCGCAUUUACCAUGCAGCCAAGAGUCUUUACCAAAAGAGAGGAUCGAGCCGGCAUUUAAGCAACAGAAGCACAGACAGCCAGAAUUCUUUUGCAAGUUGUAAACUUACACAGACUUUCUGUGUGUCUGACUUCUCCACCUCAGACCCUACCACAGAGUUUGAAAAGAUCCACACCUCCCUCAGGAUCCCUCCCUUCGACGGUGAUCUAGAUCACCCUGGAGAACGGCAGCAAAUCUCCAGUACCAGGGAACGCAAGGCAGCACGCAUUCUGGGACUGAUUCUGGGUGCAUUCAUUUUGUCUUGGCUGCCAUUUUUCAUUAAAGAGUUGAUCGUAGGUCUAAGCAUUUACACUGUGUCCUCAGAAGUGGCUGAUUUUUUGACAUGGCUUGGUUAUGUUAAUUCUCUAAUCAACCCUCUGCUGUACACAAGUUUCAAUGAAGACUUUAAGCUGGCUUUUAAAAAGCUCAUUAGGUGCCGAGAGCAUACUUAGGUUGUGAAAAAUCAAAAGGCACGACUUUUACCAGAGCCUCAUGAGUAAGGGGUGCAACUUAUUAAUUCUUAAACGUACUUGGUUCAGGAAAGUUUGUAAGUAUGUGUGUUUGUUUAUUUUGUUCUUUUCUUUGUUUGUUUGAGGCUUGUUAUUUGAUGUGCUUUUUUUCUACCUCUGGUCUUAUCUGUGGUACAUAAUUUCAAAUAAGCGUGGUUAUACAAAAA